CAGGAAGCGCGCCUCUUCUCUGCUCUCUCUCCUCCUCUCCUCCUCUCCUCCUCCUCCUCUCCUCUCCGGCUCCGGUGAAUCAGCUGACGAAUAGUAUCUCUCCUCCUCUCCCGGAUGGAUCGCGCCGCUGAAGCCGGGCAGCCUGCGCGCUGACACAGGAGCAGGUUGCUCGCCGUAAGCGCUCUCUCUCUCUGUCUCUCCUGCUGCUGGAUGUCACAACGACCGACUCUCGAGUAAUCCAAAAAUUACAAGAAAAAAAAAAAAGAGGUUACUUUAUUGAAUUUUUUAUUUUUUUUCCACCUCGGACAGGAAGCUACUCGCUUCCUCCCUCACCAUGGCUUCCAACUUCAACGACAUAGUCAAACAGGGAUACGUGAGGAUACGGAGUAAGAAACUGGGGAUCUUCCGGAGGUGCUGGCUGGUGUUCAAGAAGGCCUCCAGUAAAGGCCCCCGACGGUUAGAGAAGUACCCAGACGAGAAGGCGGCGUACUUCAGGAGCUUCCACAAGAUCACUGAGCUCCAUAACAUCAAGAACAUUACCCGGAUGCCACGGGAGACAAAAAAGCACGCUGUUGCGAUCAUCUUCUGUGACGACACAUCCAAGACAUUUUCCUGUGAAUCAGAGCUGGAUGCAGAGGAAUGGUGUAAGCUGCUGUGCGUGGAGUGCCUGGGAAGCCGUCUCAACGACAUCAGCCUGGGAGAGCCAGACCUGUUAGCAGCGGGGGUGCAGCGGGAGCAGAACGAACGUUUCAACGUGUAUCUAAUGCCAACCCCAAAUCUGGAUAUCUACGGGGAGUGCACCAUGCAGAUCACCCAUGAAAACAUCUACCUGUGGGACAUCCACAACGCACGCCUCAAACUCGUCAUGUGGCCUCUGAGCUCCCUGCGCAGAUACGGACGAGACUCCACCUGGUUUACUUUUGAGUCUGGAAGGAUGUGUGACACAGGAGAGGGUUUGUUCACGUUCCAGACGCGGGAGGGGGAGAUGAUCUACCAGCGGGUCCACUCGGCCACGCUGGCCAUUGCCCAGCAGCAUGAGAGAAUGAUGGAGGAGAUGGAGAAGAGCUCCCAGAUCCACUCCAGAGAGACGCUAACCAAGUCCAUCUCCCUGCCACGCAGCGCCUACUGGCAGCACAUCACGCGUCAGAACAGCGUGGGAGAUCUCUACAGUUACCAAGGGAGUGGUGGAAGGGAAAGACUAGCGGACAGAGGAAGUGGCCUGACAAUGACUUUCAUCCCCCGAGCACAGACGUUCCCCAGCUUUCUGUCUGAUGAGCCAGAGCGGGAGGAGAGCCAACACCAGGAAGAGGCACCAUCACCCUCUAGUGGCUGUGAAUCCAGUUGCAGCCUGAGACCCCAUCAAUGACAGACAAUUGCUCCACCAAAACUGGACACUUUACCCACUACUGUAGAAAGGAUGUAGAAAUAUGUAUAGUGACAUGUGUAAUAUAUCAUUUCCUGGUGAACAAUAGUGUCAACUGUAGACAUGAAAAGGAUUUUUCUUUUUUUGUAUGUUGUGUGACAGCAGCAGUAGCUACAAAGAUUGCACCAAAAAUCCUCUUAAGUGUAGUUUUCAAAGUGUUUUAUGUUGCCAUUAAGCUGUUUAAAGCCAGCAGGACCCCACACAAUUUUUAUUUGAAAAUCACUGCACUACACUACAAGAAGUUUGAGGUACUAACACACCAAGUUUCACUGUAAAACAAUCUUUAGAAAAAAGUCUUUGGUUCUGAAAUUGAUGAAAUCACACCGGGCUCAUUCCAACAAUGUGCCGCCUCAGCAACCGUUUCCAGAGAAACUCCACCAUCUUUGACACAUAAUCCUCCCAUACUUACUGUACCUCGCUCCCGUUCAAGAAUGUAAAAUUGAUCAAUGCCUUACACAAAAAACGCUCGACUUUGAUGGCAGUGAUGAAUCAGCUAAAGCCCUUAAUCGGUUACAACCAGCAAAAAGGGAAAAAGUCAUUCAGAAAUGUGCUUCAAGGAUAUAAGAGUGGACCGUCACGUCAGAAAUGAUAGAAUGCAACCUUCUCGCAGCGUCUACUUUAAAACUGCCAACCCUACAUUACACUAGAAGAGCAAUUUGGUUUUAAUAGCUUCCUCGCUCUUCUCUGGCCCCAUAUACGGUAUAUAUGAUAACUGGUUCAUUAGCAAAAGAUGUUGGCGACCCGAUGUGGUGACUUAUAAAAGGGGAGAAGUAAAGUCUUAUGUUCCCACCGUAAAACAACUUUAAAGUAUUAGCUUCAGGAGAGUUCACCGAGAAAAUUGGUGCUCUGUAAAAUGUACUAAAA